UCAGGGUCUAUUGCAAUCUAGGAAAAUGGGUGGUCUGGCUGAUGAAAAGACAAAGCCUCAGCUCGUGUCACACGAGGAGAUUAAAAAAGCAACAGAAGAUUUGUUGAGAUACAGAAAAAAUAAGCCAAAUGCUAAUCCAAUGCUUAUGAGUGAGGAUGAAAAUAUGUUUUUAUUGGUGACUUUAUGGAAAAUUCCCCCAGAAGGAAAAGAAAUCAGAAUACCUUUGCCACAUGGUAUCAGACCUGAUUCAAAAGACAUUUGUUUAUUUACCAAGGAUGACCCCAAUUUAACUUCAGAAGAAACAGAAAUUUUCUAUAAGCAGCUAUUUCAAAAGAAGGGGAUUACAAGUAUUACUGAGAUUAUCCCUUUCACAAGAUUAAAACGUCAAUUUAAAACUUAUAAAACCAUGCGGCGCCUUGUGAGUAGUUUUGACCUUUUCCUUGCUGAUCAAAGGAUUACACGACUUUUAUUCUCACACUUGGGAAAGCUUUUUGUUCGAAGAAAGAAAGUACCUUUAGCAGUAAACCUCUCUCAUCGAAAUUUGUCACAACACAUCAAUAGAAUUGUCCAGGGAACUACAUUAACUGUCACUAAUCAAGGCAGUCUCAAUACAACACGUGUGGGUCACAUUGGAAUGCCUGUAGAUCACCUAGUGGAAAAUAUUGUUGCUGCUAUAGACGUGCUUUCAGAAAAGUUGCCAGAGAAGUGGGAUAGUGUAAAAUUUCUACACCUGAAAACUGAAAAAUCUCUUUCCAUUCCAAUCUUUCCUUCAUUUGACUCCCAUUUGGAUUCUCCUCAGAAAAGUGAGAAUCAGAAACAAAGUAAAAAAGUGGCCUCCAAGCCUGCCCAGACUGCAGUGAGGUCUGAAAGUGAAUGUGGUUUAGGUGGUUAUAAGCUUGAACCUGCAAAGGAGAGCAAAGCAGAGCCUUACUCAUCAAAGAAUGAGAUUCCACAGGUAUUUCCAAUUCAAGGAACAUCUCCUCAAAAGUGUCUAGAGAAAGUAGCUCUAUUUGAGGAGUGUACAGGAGAGAACCUCAGCCCUGAAACACCACAAGCUAAAACUCCUGGUAAAAAGAGAAAAGCUUCCAUGGCUCUGGAGACUGCAAAACAGGUUAACAAAAGUUCCACAGAGUUGAAGACUACUCCAGAUGCUGGCAAAGAUAAGAAGCCAAGGACCCAUCCCCAAGAAAGCCCAGAAGAAAAGUAAUUCUUCCCUAGAGGUCAGAGCCCUAGAGAAGACUCCCAAGAAGCCAAAAUGCAAGUCAUUUACUACUCACAAUAAAAUAGGGAAAAUUAUGAAAUCAACUCCCAAAGCUCCUCAAACACUAAGAUAAAAGCAGAACAAAGCAAGUCAUUCCCAAGUCAACCUAAAUAUAUUCUGAAGGACUUUUAAAAUAAAAUUUAUUUUUACUUGUUUUUCUAUUUACUUCACACAGUGAAAAAAAUAAAUGUAUUUCAGUGUCUUAUCUGUGUUUCAGUUCCCUUAUUCUGAUGUAGCAUUUGUUCCUGAGCCAGUCUUACUCCUGUGUUUAAAAUAGGUCUGCUUUAUUGUUUUGCUGUAAAUGUUAACUUAAGCCUCAUGGCUUGAACUGUUUUGUCAGAUUUAUUGCAUUUAUUUCCUUUAUUAAUAGCUUAAAAUGAGUCAAAUUAUUCACUCAAGGUAAGCAGUGAAUUGAUAAAAGGUUAAUGAUGGCAAAAAAACAACCUUUCCUUUUUAAAGAAUUUUUCCUUUCUCCUAUCCCUUACUCCUUUCUUAUAGCCGAACAGGUCCUCAACCCAUAAGUAGGUUAGCUGUAGCAUUAGAAAAUUCAGAAUUGAUUAGGUCUAGUACCCCAGAAUCUUUUUUUUUAAACAUAGUUAAAAUUCAUUGUAUUUGCCUUCUCAGAGCUUUCUGUUUUUGAUUGAAACAAAAGACAGAAAAGGAAAUUUAUGUGUAUUCAUUUCAUUACUCUACCCUUUCACUUACUGAUCCCAGAAACUAAUAGAUCACUUUUAAGAAUUUCUACCCAAGAAUAACUUCUUAAUUAGGCAUAGUUUGAAAUAUAGGCAACAAAAUAAAUGUUCAAAAUAAUGAAAGAAAUGCUAUAAAGUUCAGACGGUUGCUAUAAUCUCUUUGGAGUUUCAGAAGCCUUGUGGGUAUAGCACUAUAU